AUGACCACAAGCUCGAAGAAAAAGAAAGAGAGCAAGAAAAAAGACUUCCAGAAACCAAAGUUGAAGGUUGGCAAAGCAAAACCAAAGCCGGUGAACGCUACAGACACCAGUUUUCGCGCCAAAUCAAUGGCACUGAAGCAACAGGCUCUUUCUACUAGCGCCCCCACUCUGGAAGCGCAAUGUGCCCAUCAUUUAGGUCUGCUGAACCACAAGUCUGAUUCGCAACGCAAGGAAUCUCUGGCCUUCUUAACCUCAGCAAUCAUCAGCAACCCGCCUACAGUCCCAUUGCCACAGCCGUCGUCUGUAAUCAUACCUGCCGUUCAGCGUCUCAUCUUAGAUGGCACAAAAAGUGUCCGCCAACAGCUCCUCAAGCUGUUGCAAAUCUUACCACAGGUAGACAUUGCCAGUCAUGCAGACCAGCUAUUACUUCACACAAGAGCGGCAAUGACGCAUCUAUCCACUGAAAUCCGGUUGUUUGGGCUCGAUGUGCUUGAAUGGUUGCUCCAAGUUGCCGGUGACGAAGUGGUCAGUUGCGCCGGUGGCUGGGUAAAGAUGCUGAAAUGCUUCUUGAGUCUACUUGGCUGGCAAAGCGAUGCGUCGAGCAAAUGGUCGACGGGGAGGUCAUACGGAAAAGCUGAUACGAAGAUGCAAGUGAGGCAGAUGAGCGUGCUCACUUCAUUCCUCCGCGCUGGGCUCUCACAUACACAAUCCGUACCCUCUAUCGACACCAACGAAAACGAUUUCCCACUUUGGCACACUCAGCACCACAUAUUGUCUGAACGCUCCAAUGUUUAUGCGCACCUCAACCUAUUUGGAGCUGCGAGAGAUGAGGAAGCAGAAAUGUACGAAGACCGGGAAGACAGACAAAGGGUGUUUCAUGACCGAGCCGAGGCUGCAAUUGUUGCAGGGUUGGAAGAAGCCACCAAGGCAGGCGGAGAGUUGGGUCGUGCAGGCGCGCAGCUUCGAAAGGUCACCAAGGAAGGCAUGGCGGAUUUUUACCGAGAAGAACUGAAUCCUUGA